GAGAGAGAAAAAAAAGAGUUAAAAGUUCACUGAGAAAAAGAUAAAUCUAAGGAAUUUGCAUUUCAACAUCGGCAACAUAAUUUCAUUGAAUGCACAUAAUUUGAUAUAUAGAUAUACCUAAAAAAAAAAAAAAUCCUGACGAAAUUGGAUAUAAUCGACAAACACACAGAUCUAUCAUUGGCGAGGGAGUUGGACAAGUCAGUUCUAAUGCAUCAUCGAAAUCAGGCAUUCUAUUUUCGUCGAUGGUGGUUUUUUAUGGCCGGAAUUAGAUGGUCUCUCGAGUAAAGAAUUUAUAUCAUCGAAAGGAUUCAAAGCUGGACGAAAUGCAUAGUAUGAAGAAAGAUUCUUCGUUUUUUAUCCGAUGCAAUUGUUUGGACGCGAUUGAUUUUUAAUGGACUACAUCUCUGAAGAAUUGAGGUCGAUGCGUAGCUCGAUGCGACGUUUCGUUGCGCAGCAAGCAACAGUGACCAACACCAACAUUGACCAGCGACCAGUGACAGCUGACUAAUGUAACGCGACGCUUGUCCUCGCGUCAUUCCGUACGCUUGUACUCACUUUGUACCCACGGCAAGACUGUGCACAACAUUACGCACACAAUAUUGAUUAAUAUUAAUGGGGAAGAAUCAUCAUUUUCCCGAUAGGAAGAAUUAAUUUCUGCUGUUAAAGUUUUUCCAGAGAUUGUAUCAGAGCAGUUGCUCUGUAUUGAGCGAUCAUGGAACAAGUGAUCGCACUAAGUACACAAAAUCCAUUGUCUAUAUUAGUUAAAUUUGGUAUGAUGGCUUGGAACAAUAGUUGUGGAAUUGAGAAUUGCUCUGGUCAUGGGGAAUGCCACAAUGGAACUUGCUUAUGCGAGAUUCAAUUUGAUGGACCAGAAUGUCAUAUUCCAAAUCUAAGUUAUUACGUUGCUUUUGCUACAAUCUUUUUUUUAUUAGCUUUUGUUUGCUUGAUACAACUUGUCAUGUGCAUUGUUGCUGAAUGGCAAAGAAUGAAGGCACCAUCAUUUUUGAGAGCAUGCAGGGUUACUACUCAAAAAGUGUUAUACUUUGUAGUUUUUCUUGCAUCAGUUAUACGAGGUGCAUAUUUUACAUCACCGACUUCCUUCAAAGAGGGAUGGUCCAGAAGUUUGCUAUCAGCGUAUUAUCCACUACUUUUGAGUGGAUCAUCGUUGAUUGUUUGUUUUUGGGCCGAAGUAUUUCAUCUCAGAGACAUUCGAUGGGACAAACCUCAGUUUUUAUCAAAAUCUUUUCUGGCUUUUGUUGUCUUCAAUAUAAUAACAUAUUCCCUUCUAUUAGCGGAAUUUAUCACAGCUCAAAAAUAUUCACAAGAAGAUCAAAGUUUCUAUACACAUGUAUUCAAUGGCUGUUAUGCAGUGCUCCUGUUUAUUGUAGUGGUUUUAUUUUUGAUAUAUGGAGUGGAAGUCUUUUUCAAGGUUCGUGGUGGAUUCUUAAAUGAAUAUCGAGUCGCUUCCAUUGCAACAAAUAAACGUAUAGCUGAUGAAAUAAAGAUCCAUGCCGAGGAUCAAGUAACAGCAAAAUUAUUCGAUCCAGUUCCAUCUACAUCUGCAGCAGAGCCUUUGCACAUGCAACAAGUGAAUACAUCCCAACUACAUCAAUCAAGAUUUGGAUUACUCUCUCAAGCGUUUAUGCUGUUCAUAAUCGUCGGUUUUCUAUUCAGUGAGACUCUCAGUGAAUUUUGGAAAACAAAUCCGGAACAAUUGUGGAUUCUAAACCCGAAGCGUAUAUUGAAAAGAUUGGACCUGGAUCAGGGGAAACACAUAAAAGAAAUUGAACUGCAAGAAAAGAGUACAUCCCAAGAUACUGCGUUUCUUUCUACAGACGCAGCAUCAAUCAAUAGCAAAGAUUGUUGGAUUUGUUAUGAUAGUGAUAGACAAGAUGCUGGUCCAUUAAUACAACCGUGCCAUUGUAGAGGUGAUGUAAGUGCUGUACAUCAUGAUUGCUUGCGUCGUUGGCUUGUCGAGAGUUCUGUCAAUGCUGACAGCCUCAUUUGUAAAGUUUGCAAUGCAAAAUACAAUGUUGAACAUGCCAGUCGAUUAGAUUGGCAAAAUAGUUUAACUCCACGCCAUUGUUUACAAACUAUUGCUAUUGUUACCAUGAUGUGUGCAUCUUCUGCUGCCGCAUGGGUAGUUAUUCAACUUGUAGAAGGGCCCAUCAUCAGAAUGCUCGCAGCUGGAACUGCAUUAUUGAUUAUGUACGUCUGCAUAAGAUUCUUGAGCUUGAACACUGUUGUAGCAUAUCAACGGGCCAAAAUCUCGUCGUUAAAUAUCGUUAACAGUGAUAGUGAGAGUAGUGGGACUGCACAUGUCACAACAAUUAGUCACACAAUUUCUGUGGAUGUGACAAAAUCGGAUGUGGCUACAAUAUAAUCUAUACUUGCCAUUGCAUUAUAAAACAUAGGUAUGCUUCCUGCUUGAAAUAAAUUCAAGAUAGGAAAAUUAUUAAUAAUGUAGAUGUGUAUAUUUGUUUUUAUAAACAUAAGCAUAUAUAUAUAUAGUGACAAAGAUUAAGACGCAGUACAUUUUCUCAAUCAGAAUUUUUAUAUACUUUUUGUAAAAUAACAAAGUUAUUUUAUAAAACGUAGAUAAAAUGCUAAGAAGAAAUGUACUAUGCCUACAAUUUCACGGAAGGAUAAAACAGUUGCCAAACUUUCAUAUUUUACGUCUCCCGAUUAAUUGAUUAUAUAUUUCUAAAUGAAUAAAAUGCAAACUAAUUUUGGGUAUAUAGAGAAACCCCAUAUUUUACAUUAUAUAUAAUGUAUAUAAUACAUUGCGUUACAAAAUAUUUGCAAGAUUUCAUAAGAUGGAUAAAAAUAAGUUAUAUAACUCCAGUUACUUUAAUUAUUUUGUUAGUGUAUUUUUUCUAUAUGUAUAUUUCAUAUAUUAUAUAUUUCACAUUCGUAAAGAAGAGUAUCUUUAGAAUUUGUCUGAUAUGUCAACUGUUUCAAAAAAUUGCUUUGAGAGAACUAGCAUAUAUAUAUAUGCUAGUUAUAUAUAUAUAUGC